AUGUCAGCCUCUCUAAUAACCACGGUUUUAGCAUGUCUGUGGCUUUUUUAUAGACUCUACAGGUUUCUCACCAUCCCCGUGUCCAGCAUUGUCUCCACGUUGAAGAUCAAGACUCCGCCGGCAACAAAGGUCUCUAUCGACAAGAUCGCCACGGAUUCAUUGACCAUCCACUGGGAAAACGAACCCGCUAAGGUGGAGAAGAAGAAUGCGGACGCAGACAGAAACUUCAUCUCUCACUAUUUACUGUACCUGAACAACACGCAGCUGGCCAUCUUCCCGAACAACCCGAACUCUCUUUACACAUGCUGCUCCAUCACGGGGCUCGAGGCAGAGACGCAGUACCAACUGGAUUUCAUAACGAUCAACAACAAGGGCUUCAUCAACAAGCUCCCCUCCAUAUACUGCAUGACGAAGGCCAGAGAAGCAAACGAGGCGCUGAAGACCAGAAAAUGGAGGAGAAACACAAUUACCUCGUCCACGGCUAUCCAGCCCACCAAUUUGAAGGCAGACCUGGGCUCGUUGACCUCGCACUACUCCUCUGUCUCCUUGUCCACUUUCGCAUCCAACAUAACGAAUAACAACACGGGCAUCAACGGGUCGAGCCUGCCCGCUUACACGUCUUUGACCACGUUAAAGGACUUGGAUCCGUUUUCCAUCGACGAUCUGAAAAAAAUCUUGAUUUGCGCUCAAGAGGAUUUGCACGAUGUUUUGUCGCAGCAAACCUCGCUUUUGCAGGAUUUCCAGGAGUCCAGAUCGGAGCUGGAGCUGGAGCUGGAUAACUUGAAGACCCAUUGGUCGCACGAGAUCGAUUUGCGCAAGUCGCUAAAGUCGAAUAUCAAGUCUCUGGAAAACUCUAAGCUGUUGACUGAUUUGAAGAUUGAAAAACUAAACAAGAAAGUUGAUAAAUCCAGGGAGAAAAUGUCGAAAAUGCGCAACGAUGUGGAAAACUGGGCCCGAGAAGAUACGCAACACCUGUCGAAGGAGACCAUAAAGGCGAAAUACCUCAAACUGUUAAGCGAAUCCAACGCCUCUGCGGCCAAGAUUAACGAAGAAGUCGAAUGUUUGCAAAACGAGGUUUCCAGAGUGGAGGAAUGCAACAAGAAAUUGAACGCCACUCGCAAGUCACUGGCCACGUCCAUUGUGGUCAACGUCAAUGCUGAAAAUGAGAAGCCCAUUGUCAGUGGAGAAUUAUCAGCCGUCCUGAAGAAACUCAUCGAUUUCACUCAAGAGAAAAACGGGUUUCUGAGUAGUUCCGGUGAAGAUUUCUUGUCCAAAUUGAAUACGGACUCGUCGUUGACUAAAUUGAUCAAGCAAGAACUAAGCAUCGACCAAGAUUUGGAGUCUAACUGGAAACUCCAAAGGUCAAAACUGCUGAAAAGAAUAAGCGUCUUAGAAAACCAAUUCAACGAAAUGAGCCUCAACAAUAGGUCAUUGAAAACAAAACUAAUGGUCCAACCAUACAAGAACAGCGGUGAUCCGCUUGCCGCCAGCAGUUCAAAUAAUUCUGCGGAAAAAAAUAGAAGUUCCGGGUCGAUUCAAUUGCCAUUGUCGAACAACAUGUCCAGGACCGGGUCUACAGACUUGGUAUCGAAUAACAACCAAAGCAUCAGCAAUAGCAACAGAGAUUCUGCUCUUCCAUUAAGGAUGCACUAUUCACCUUCAAACGAGCCCAUACAACCUUCAAGUAGCCUACUGAGCCAAUUGACACAGGACACUGAUAACAGAUCAAUGGGGCUUUCGAACCAAAUCCCAUCAAAUAACGAAAAUCAACAACAAUCUUCUUCAUAUUCACAUGCUUUACCCACAACUGCUAUUGCCAAUGCAACUGCAACAGCAGCCAAUGAAAACCAAAAGUCAAGUUUCUGGAACACCACCCAAUUCGCCCAACCAUCUCAUCAACAAGAACUAGAUCAAGCCUUCGAGUAUGAUAACGCUAACCAUUUGAUCAGUGGUCUGCAAAACAUGAUCUACGAUGAGGCAGACUAUCCCGAUAACAUAAGCAAUUACUCCAAGGGUUUCACCACCGAUGAGCUGGACAACUACUGGACUAAGCAGCAACCGCAAGCUCAAGCUCGUAGCACAAAGGAGAAUCUGUUCCCCGCCACUGCAACUCCCAUGUCAUCAUACAAGGCUAACUCUGCGUUAUCACCGUAUUCCAGUUCUCACUUAAGACAAAACUCCAACACCACCAAUACGAAUACGAUGCAUCCACAAAGUUUGUUGGCUGCCACCUUGAAUGAUCCUUCAUUGCAGAGUUUUGUGCGCGGGGGCACUUUCUACAAUGUAUCUCAAUCUGGGAACUCUUUGCACAGUAAUAUUAAUGGCCAUGAAUCAGGGAAUCUUAGUCCGAGAAUGUCGAGUGAUUUCAAUAUGCUGGUGCCCAAUUUGAGUCCACGGGCCUCAAACGAUGUACAUAUCGCACCAGGAAACAAUGCCACUUUAACAAUGAACCAUCAAACAACAACAACAACCGACAGCAACGCCUUAUUGAACAGAUUGCACGGAGUAGGUGACCAAGCGGACCUCAGUACGGCGACAUCUGCAGACUCUAACACGAGAAGGUCGUUCCAUGCAUCUUCACCAACCUUUAACUCCAUAUGGAAUUCGACUGCAAGUCAACUUUCACCUCCCUUAGAAAAAGAUCACCAACUUGAAGUCCCCGUAACUCCAAAAGUUCCUUCUAAGGACUCCUCUAAGCCGUCUCACAAGAGAAAUCAAAGCAACAGCAGCAUCUCGUCUGCAUGGUCCAAGUUCAAGCACAAGUCUACAUCAUCUUCUAGUAAUGCUGACGCGGAUAUCCAAGAUUCGUCAACCCCGUCCACCAGUCCGAGCGGUAGAAGGAUGUCGAAGCUUUUAUCCAAGAGUGGCAUGAAUAAUCUGUUCAAUCCACAUAGUCACGACUCAUGA